CGCGCUCACGUGUGGCCAAUCGCAGCCGGCGAGCACGCGUAUAAAAACGCGCGCGACCCACGGACCCGGCAGGAAUGAUUGACAGCAGAGAGCCGCGUGACAAGAGGAGUUCACCUUCUCAUCUUCAUCAUCUUCCUCCUCUUCCUCCUCGCCCAGGUUGUGAAUUGUGAGCAUGUCGAUCGCAGGGAGCGCCAAGCUGAACAAGAUCGUCAAGCAGCGGUACUUGGACCUCCCCCAGGGAGACAAGGUCCAGGCCACGUACAUCUGGAUCGACGGCUCCGGAGAAGGCCUACGCUGCAAGACCAGGACCCUGGACUCGGAACCCAAAAGCGUCCAAGAUAUUCCUGAGUGGAACUUUGACGGCUCGAGCACGUACCAGUCUGAAGGCUCCAACGGUGACAUGUUCCUUAUCCCUGCUGCCAUGUUCCGGGACCCCUUCAGGAAGGACCCCAACAAGCUGGUCCUGUGCGAGGUGCUCAAGUACACCAAACAACCCGCAGAGACCAACCUUCGAGACAGGUGUUGUCGCAUCAUGAGUUUGGUGGAGAACGAGCAUCCCUGGUUUGGGAUGGAGCAGGAGUACACGCUGCUGGGCACCGACAGACACCCUUUUGGAUGGCCCUGCAACGGCUUCCCGGGACCCCAAGGUCCCUACUACUGCGGCGUGGGCGCCGACAAGGCAUACGGACGAGACGUGGUGGAGGCUCACUACCGAGCCUGCUUGUAUGCCGGUGUGCAGAUCUGUGGCACCAAUGCCGAGGUCAUGCCAGCGCAGUGGGAGUUCCAGGUGGGGCCAUGCGAGGGCAUCGCCAUGGGCGACCAUUUGUGGGUGGCUCGUUUCAUCCUGCAUCGAGUGUGUGAAGACUUUGGCUUGGUUGCGUCUUUUGACCCGAAGCCUAUCUCGGGAAACUGGAACGGAGCAGGAUGCCACACGAAUUUUAGCACCCAGGACAUGAGGCAGGAGGGAGGACUCAAGGUGAUAGAGGCGGCCAUCGAGCGUCUGGCCAAGCGUCAUCACUACCACAUCCGCGCCUACGACCCCAAAGGCGGACUGGACAAUGCCCGGCGUUUGACUGGUCACCACGAGACCUCCAACAUUGACCAGUUCUCUGCCGGUGUGGCCAACCGCAGCGCCAGCAUCCGAAUCCCGCGAGUGGUUGGCGAGGACAAACAGGGCUACUUCGAGGACCGCCGCCCUUCCGCCAACUGUGAUCCGUACAUCGUCACAGAAGCCCUGAUACGAACCUGCCUGUUGAAGGAGGAAGGGGAGGAGCCUGCACAUUACAGCCAAUGACGUGACGCUCUUGCCAAACAUGUGACCCAUGUGAUUUGAUAUUUUUUACCUUUUUACUUCCAUCCUCUUUGACAUUUUUACCGGCUUCUGCUCUCCAAUAAACUUGACAUCUCCACUUGGAUGCCUGUGUUGAUUGACAGGUCUCACAUGAUUGGUUACCUAGAUUAGCAAUGUAUAGCACAGUAAAGAGUAGAACCUUCUCUCUUGGAACUUGACCCUUCUGUGGGGACUAGAAUCUUCUCUCAGGACAAGUAUCCUCUCUUCUUUUGGGACUAGAAUUUUGUCUCGGGACUUGAACCUUCUCUGUGGAUUAGUACUUUGUAGGGCUAGUAGGCCAAUUUACUUUCAAGACUAGACUCUUCCCUCAAGACAAUAACCUUCCUUUGGGACAAAAACCUCUCUGGCCUACAACCUUCUCUCGGUAUUAGUACCUUCUCUGAGGACUAGAACCUUCUUUUGGGAUGAGGCCAUGGUGCAAACCUACCUUUUGACGGAUGGGGAAGGAACUCCGCAUAUUACACCCAAUGACGUGACGCCCUAGCUGAUCCUGUGACCCACCGGCAACUGUUAUGAUUGAUGUUAUGAGGUACAUUUUUCAACAUGAAGGCGUGGAGGAGGGUCUGCCGCAGCUUGUCUGGAUGUCAAGCUUCUAAACAACUGCAAUGACGGACAGAUCCUUGGAGAUGCCAACACAUUGGGAGUCGUUUGCUCAGCAGCCAAAUCACCCCCCCUGUCCCCCAUUAGAGAAGAAGGCCCCUGGACUGCACUCUGGUAUGUAUAUGUAUGGUAUAAAGCGGGUAUGUGUUGCAGUAGGUAGCAGAAGGUGUGUGUUGCGUUGGUGAGAAGAUGAUGCAGUUCACGUAGUGAACGGCGGACGCCAUGUAAAAAAGCCACUGACGUUCACCUCCAGCCGUUGCUCACCGUGCUACUUUUAUAUCUGUAAAUAAAUGAUUUUGCCACCCAAAA